AAUCAGCCCACUAAGCGGAAUACAUUUAUACCCGAAGUUCAAAAUCCGAAUGGUAACAAUCGUAACUUCUCUUCAAUUCUCGUCUCCAACAAAAUCAAAGAACUAGGGAUAGGGUUUGGUGAUCAAAGAUUCAAAACUACCGAUUAUGUCUCGUUAUGAAAGCAAAAGUGACGACCGCAGAAGAUCGUCUCCGUAUUCUUACAAAGAUCGAAAGUCGCAUCAUCACGAGAGCCAAUCUAAUGGAUCUCGGCACGAUAGAUUGAGGGAUAAAUAUUCCAGAGAUCAAGACCGUCAUCGUGAGGAAUACAAGGAUAAAAGCAGCAGGGGCUACAGAAGAAAUGAUGACAAUGAUGAUUACAGCCCUUCCAGGAAUCAUAAAUUUGACAGGCGCCAACAUCGUGAAGGUAGAGAAAAGGGAGAGACACGUAGAUCCCAUUCAAGGUCAAAGGAUCGUUCUUAUGAGAAAGCUAGAUCAAGAUCAAAUUCUCCUUUACCUCCAAAGAGCAAGCGGACAAGUGGCUUUGAUAUGGCUCCAUCAGUAGCAGCAGCUUUUUCUAGUGGGGCAGAGCAAGUUCUGGGUUCUUCCAAUGCCCCUCAAUCAAUUCCUGGAAUGUUACAAAACGUAUUUCCAACUGAUACAAUUCAGGUUAAUCAGUUGGGUUCUUUCCCUUUCUUGCCAGUUCAAGCCAUGAGUCAGCAAGCUACAAGACAUGCACGACGCGUCUAUGUUGGUGGCCUCCCACCACUGGCUAAUGAACAGACAAUCUCAGCAUUUUUUAGUCAUGUUAUGAGUGCUGUUGGUGGAAAUUCUGCUGGUCCAGGUGAUGCAGUUGUCAAUGUGUACAUUAAUCAUGAAAAGAAGUUUGCAUUUGUGGAGAUGAGAACAGUUGAAGAAGCCAGUAAUGCAAUGGCAUUAGACGGAGUUGUUUUUGAGGGUGUUUCUGUCAGGGUUCGAAGGCCUACUGAUUACAAUCCUUCUUUGGCUGCUGCACUUGGUCCUGGCCAUCCAAGCCCUCACCUUAACUUAACUGCUGCUGGGCUUACGCCUGGAGCAAUUGGGGACGCGGAGGAACCUGAUCGUGUUUUUGUUGGUGGAUUGCCAUACCUUUUUACUGAAGUGCAGAUAAAAGAACUACUGGAGUCUUUCGGACCUUUGCGCAGAUUUGAGGUGGUAAAGGAUAGAGAGACAGGAAACUCUAAAGGUUAUGGUUUCUGCACAUAUCAGGAUCCAUUAGUUACAGACAUUGCUUGUGCUGCGUUAAACGGCUUAAAGAUGGGUGACAAGACACUGACGGUUCGACGUGCUAACUCUAGCACCGGGCAGGUGAAAUCUGAACAGGAGUGUAUAUUGGCUCAGGCAAGGCAACAUAUAGCUAUGCAGAAAAUGGCUUUUGAAGCUGGUGGUAUGACUAUUCCUGGUACAGAGAUAGGGCCUGUUGUGACUGCUGAAAUUCCAACCAAGGUGUUAUGUUUAACUGAGGUAAUUACCCCUCAAGAAUUGUUUGAUGACGUAGAGUAUGGAGAAAUUUUGGAAGACAUGAAAGAAGAAGGCCGAAAAUUUGGUGACUUGAUUGAUGUUGUUAUACCUCGGCCAGAACCUGAUCAUCAAAUUAUCGAAGGUCAUGGGAAGGUAUUUCUCGAGUACUCGGACAUUACUGGUUGUAGCAAUGCAAAGGCUGCACUUGGUGGCAGGAAAUUUGGAGGAAAUACUGUCAUUGCCAUUUAUUAUCCUGAAGACAAAUACUAUGACAAGGAUUAUGCCGCUUAGGUUUCUGAAAAUUUUCCAUGUUGAUAGUCUUUGUAUAUGUUUAGUGUUUGUAAUUGUCAGUUUACUGCAGUCUGGGCUGUUCGAUAAUGGUCAAGUAGGAGUAGUUUUACACUACCCCGUCCAAACUACUGAAAUUACUAGAUUUUAAUUCUUUUUUAUUUCCAGCACCUUGUAAUGCUGUGUAUUAAGAUUUAAGGGUAGUUAGGCAACAAACUAGAAAGAAUAAAUUUCAUUUGGAAUGGAUGGACUACAAGGAUGAAUUUUGCGCAUAUGGCAAUUAAAAUUUUCAUUAUUUCAAAUA